CCACUGGUGGGAUGCCCCCCUUUUUGUUUCCGCCGUGCCGUCUUGAUUUUCUUGGACAGACCCCGAACCAGGCAGAGGAAGGGAAAUGGAUUACUUUUCUCGUGUCCCAAUUCUCUUGCGCCGUUUUCUUGUUUCAGGGUCUCGCCGUCGCUUUGCUCUAUGCCCACUAUGGGUCAAUUCGCUGGCAUAAAUGCGGAAAGCUGAUGGCCCAUUGGGCAUUUGUCCGGUUUCUUCUUGCCUCGCUGUCCGUCAUGCACACAACCACAUCGGCGCUCACCCAGCCGUGGCCAUGAGUGAUCUGCUUACUACGCCGGCAUCCAUUACCCGGUUGCAGUGUGCCGUACACACACAGUGCAGCCCUGACACUCUCGCCGCAUCCGCAUCCGCAUCCGCAUCCGCAUCCGCAACCG